CUCAGUUAAGCUCAUACCCUUUCCUUUCCUCUUCCCCUAUUUCCCCACUUGAUUUUAAGCCUAUCCUCUCACCAUCUGCCUCUUGUCACAACACUGUUAACUGCUUAUCUACUGUCCUCCUCCCUUGCUACAUGAAAGAGAUUUUUGAAGAUUGAUAUCAGGCCUUCUUGCAGGAUUUAUAAUUCCUUGUCCUUCGAAGUUGAAACUUUUUUUGCCAACAAUGGAGACUGGUGUCACGUGCUAUGCGCGUGGGAUUGUUCUUCCUAGUGUCUCCUCUAAGCAUUCCACUGCAUUAGUCUCCCCACCAUCAACAUCUCCUUCCUUCAGCUCAAGGAGCCUUAAAUCAAGCUCGAUUUUUGGGGAAUCACUGAGGGUUGUGCCAAGAUCAUCAUUGAAAGUCUCAAAGACAGAGAACUGUUCCCUUGUGACAAGAUGUGAGAUUGGAGACAGUCUGGAGGAGUUCCUUACAAAGGCAACCCCAGACAAGAGACUGAUUACAUUGAUGAUGUGCAUGGGAGAAGCAUUGAGGACAAUCGCUUUCAAGGUCAGGACAGCUUCAUGUGGAGGUACAGCUUGUGUCAAUUCCUUUGGAGAUGAGCAGCUUGCUGUGGAUUUGCUUGCCAACAAGCUUCUUUUUGAGGCCUUGACUUACUCACACUUCUGUAAAUAUGCAUGCUCAGAAGAAAUUCCUGAGCUUCAAGACAUGGGAGGCCCUGCUGAAGGUGGAUUCAGUGUUGCUUUUGAUCCCCUUGACGGCUCUAGUAUUGUCGACACAAAUUUCACCGUAGGCACCAUCUUUGGAGUGUGGCCUGGUGAUAAGUUAACUGGAGUAACAGGAAGAGAUCAAGUUGCUGCAGCAAUGGGAAUUUUCGGUCCUCGAACUACAUAUGUCCUUGCACUUAAGGACAUUCCUGGCACCCAUGAAUUCCUCCUCCUUGAUGAAGGAAAAUGGCAACAUGUCAAGGACACCACAGAAAUUGGUGAGGGAAAAAUGUUUUCCCCUGGAAAUUUGAGAGCCACAUUUGACAACCCUGAAUAUGAUAAGUUGAUCAACUACUAUGUGAGAGAGAAAUACACAUUGAGGUACACUGGUGGAAUGGUACCUGAUGUCAACCAGAUCAUUGUAAAAGAGAAAGGUAUCUUCACAAAUGUGGCAUCACCAUCUGCCAAAGCCAAGCUGAGGCUGUUAUUUGAGGUAGCUCCAUUAGGAUUCUUGAUUGAGAAAGCCGGUGGUUACAGUAGUGAUGGUCAUCGGUCAGUUCUAGACAAAGUGAUCAAUAACCUUGAUGAUAGAACUCAAGUUGCAUAUGGUUCCAAGAAUGAGAUUAUCCGCUUCGAAGAAACUCUAUACGGAUCCUCAAGGCUCAAACCAGGGAUACCUGUUGGAGCUGCUGCCUAAGCAACAAUGUUUUUUUAUUUCCUUUCAGCCUUUUCUUUUCUUUUUGUCUCAACUCUCAAAACUUAAGCUAUUCCAUAUAGAAGUUGUAAAAUAGUGGAUGAAAUGUUCCAAUUAUGAUGAGACUUAAGAGUUAUAAAAAGGCUGAGCUCCUUUCAGCAUAUUUUUUCCCUGAAAAGUAUUUGCUUCUUGACCUUUAAUGGGACUUGAAGCAAAGCUGCAGAAGUGCGCAUAAAAUUAUUCCAGGGCCAAUGAACCUCAUUCUUCUAUGA